AUGGAAAAUAUGAAAGUCUCAUUGCGGAUUACUCGGGAAACCAGGAAGUACACAGCCCAACCAACUACUCCUAGUUUCCUUGUUCCCAAAUCCGAUUACCAUAAUGUCAAUAUCACCAUGAGCCAUUGGCAGUUGAAGGACCUGGUUUGUUCGUCGUCCACGUCGCACUCUGUUUACUUCCCGUCGGCCAGCAAUUUGAUGUCUCUUGAUCUACGGCACAAGAAGGAUAGGAAGGACUCUUCUCCCUCCAGUUCCAAAUCCCUCAAAUUAGUGGCCAAGUUCGAAACAUCGCCGCGGUCCUUAAAAGAGCUCGAUGAUGUGAUCGCCGUUAGUGGGGUUGUCAGUGCCACUCCACAAGGUGUCACUUUGGGCUGCUGCCGCGGUCUUUUUGGGCUCUAUACCAAACAUAACGAAUCUGUCAUCAACCAGAAUGUUGGAAGUCUGAUCAACAACUCGGUUUCUCUGUACAAGACGUCCAAUUCCUUGUACAGGUCCAUUCUUUGCAACAACGACCAAAACAUGUAUUUCCUGGAUAUCACCAACAACGGUCUGACUCCUACCCGUUCAAGCAUAAAUAUCGGCAUCCCGUUAAAUCACUCCAGCAUAGCUCCAGACAACAAGAGCAUUAUAGCGGUAGGCGACUCGUCCAAGAUAUAUGUUCUUCAUCCCGAAGAGAAUAUGUCGAACGUGCAAGCCAAUCGGAGCGUCUCUACAAGCUAUCUGUGUGGAAUAUCUACCGACUGGAGUUCUUCGGGAAUGCAGUUUAGUGUUUGCUUCCAGGACGGUGCCAACCUAAUUUACGAUGUGCGGAAACAGGACCAUGCGUUGCACGAGAUCCAUUCCACACGUUUGGACGCCAGCGGAGACUUCCGUGUUUGCAAGUUUAGCGGAGGAACAGAAGACCUGCUCUUUAUCUCUGAACAUCAAGGAAGAGUGCACGUUGUGGACACCAGAGAUUAUACAAAACAUCAAGUUAUAUUGUUGCCAAGACGACUCUAUGAUCAGGACACAGGUACAUACACACAGCCUAUUGUGAAGUCUCUCGAGGAGGUGAAUGCCAUGGACGCUGCCAUGAUGUCUCUUCCGAACUCGAACGGACCUGGCUUCCGCAUAGGACAGAGGCCUCUUCCCCGUACUGGAGCGGGCGAUCGCGCAAACCAGCCUCGCAGAUUCAGGUAUGACACAUCAAACGAGGAGACACAAACUGGCGGAUUGACUCGCGCCCCACCAGAAGACGUUGUUCUUGACGACGAAUCCAUGAAGUUCCUCGACAGCAGCCUCGAGAUCGGCGGCUUGGACAUUUCGCGCGUAAACGACAACGGAUCUCUGGUGAUUGGCAGCGACGACGGUCUGAUCCACUGGGGAAUUGAUUCGUGGAAAAGACGCUGCUUCCCGUCCUUCGAGAUGGUCUGA